GUGUCUGCUGCUAAAGGUGAUUUUACAGCUUCUCUGUCCCAUGCGGAUCUUUGCACACAAUUCUCACCUAACACCGCUGAAUUUAGCUCAUUUUUAGUCUCUUUGCUCCUGUUUUUGAAGCCACUUUUUUGAGCAUCGACAAAUUCUUGUGGCAGUUGACUUCUUCCAACAGAAUCCUCUCAUCCUCAAAACAGAAACCAUGGAGCGAUCCAAGUCCUCGUCCAGCCUCAUGUCCGGAAACGUGACGAACAAGAACGACCCCCAUUCUCUGAACUCUCGCGUCUUCAUCGGAAAUCUCAACACGCUGCUCGUCACCAAGGCCGACGUGGAGGCCAUCUUCGCCAAAUACGGGAAGAUCGUGGGCUGCUCCGUGCACAAGGGCUACGCGUUUGUGCAGUACGUGAGCGAGAGGAACGCCAGGGCGGCUGUGGCGGGCGAGGACGGCAGGGUCAUCGUAGGACAGGUGCUAGACAUAAACUUGGCCGGAGAGCCCAAGCCCCACAGAUCAAAGACGGCCAAGCGCUCAGCAUCAGACAUGUACAGUUCCUCCUCACUUGAUCUGGACUAUGACUUUCAAAGAGAUUAUUACGAUCGCAUGUACACGUACCCGUCCCGUCUGCCUGUGCCGUCCCUGCCCCUCUCUCGCCCUGUGGUGCCCUCCAAACGGCCCCGGGUCAGUGUGAGCGGAGGCAGCACCCGAAGGAACCGUAACAGCUUCUCCUCGUCCACCAGGGGGAGCCCACGCAACUCACGAACAAGACAAUUCUCUUCUUCCUCAGUGAGAGUGGACGACCUGCAGACGGUGAAGAGGGAGCUGACUCAGAUCAAACACAAAGUGGACUUCCUUUUGGAGAGUUUAGAGCGAAUGGAGAACAGCGGCAAGAGAACAGAAACUCGCAGUUCGACAGCAGAGCCUGGUGAGGUCUCUCCGGGUUCCUCUUACAAACAUGACGAAGAACUGAACCAAGACCAGAACCACGAGCUGCACUCGGAGGAGGAGGGGGACCUGCUGGACGAGGAGCAGCCCGAGCUGAAGGCUGAAGAGGAGGAGGAGGAGGAGGAUGGAGAACGAGAGGAAGGAGAGGACGAUGGAGACAGCGCCAAUGGAGAUUGAGCAGAAAAACUUUAUUAAUAUUAUUCGUAACCGCACAGAGAACAAUGUUUAUGAUGCACCACAUGGUCAAAUCUACAGACAGGAACAGACGGCGCCAUUUUGAAAUCUUUCCUAUUUUACCUCAAUAACUUUUCCAUUUUUUUUGGUUCAUAUCUUGUUGCAAGUUUAAACUGCAGAAAUAGAAAGGACUCUAUAAGGAAGCUGCUGUUGUUUUGCAUCUUGACCAGCAGAGGGCAGUGUGACAUUAAAACUGCUCUCAAGUUAAGCCAUUUCACCAAUACAACCUACCUGAGCAUGGAUCAUUUUGCCUAUAAAGUUGGAAAUGCACAAACCGAAACCUUUUUGUUUGUAAUUUUAGUUUAUAUUUUACUGUAAGUCAGUGCGAAUCAAUGUAUCUGUUGUUGUCAAGUUUGUAUCAAAAGCACUGGUUCAAAUUAAUAAAUAUGUUUAUAAGUUA